AUGUUGCGAAGCAAUCCACAACUGCUUCGAGAAUACAAAGAAUGCCUGCAAGAUUAUCUGGGCUGUGGAUGCGUGGAGGAAAUGCCAAAGGAUGAAGUUGGUUUACUGACAUAUUAUCUACCACAUCAUGCAAUCAUCGAGGAAUCCAGCACAACGACUAAGGUGCGAGUGUUCUCCAAUGCAUCAGCAAAAACUGCUUCUGGGAAAUCCUUGAAUGACUUGCUGAUGAUAGGAACAACCAUAGAAGAUUCGAUCAUCACACUUCUUUCGCAAUGGUGUAUAUAUCCCGUCGUGCUAACAGCAGAUGUAGCAAAAAUGUACCGACAAAUACGAGUCCGAAGCAAGGAUGCAGAUCUCCAAGGGAUCGUGUGUCGACCAAGCGAAGCAGAUGUAUUUCGUCAUUACCGGUUGAAGACAUUUACAUUCGGAACCGCAAGCGCCCUGUUCUAA